GUGAUACAAGAUGUUGAAUGAAGCAUCGUAAUGGAAAAUCAACCAACAUCUGUACCACAUGUUGUCUGAGAAUUUGCGCCGCUCUACAAUCCAGACAUGAUUACGACAAGUCGAAAUCAGUUCGCCGCAAAUCGUCGUAAUGAGAGCAUCUGCCGAACGUUACUCGGUCCAGAAGUCUACAAAGACAAGUGUCAUCUGAGUCGAAUUCCUUUUGAUGCAGAAAAUCAAUGUGCUGCUGUUGCGUUACCGUUUCGCUAAACUUGCUCUCCAAUUUAGUGCAACGCAUCAUCGAUUGCAUAAUGGAACUGAUCUACUGCCAGCGUCGCCACUGUCCAACGUCGUCCACGAGUAGUGUUCAAUCAGCCGAAGAUCAAUACCACUGCCAACAGUCAUCAAACGGUGAUGAUCCACAACAACCCGAGCAGCAACCGCAUCAUUGGCGUGAGCAAGAUGCCGCACAACGAGAAACGAAGGGCACUGACCCGCCAGAAGCGAUGGCACCGAUGAUGGCGGGGUCUGGCUUGUACAACGUGAUCUACGACACCGUGGAGCUGGAACCGUACUUCUGGGCAGUGGACCGGCCGCAGAGUGAGGAAAUGCUACGAGGAAGUCCGGUUGGAAGCUGUUUGGUUAGACCGUUCAAGACGCAGCAUCCUCACAUCCGCUACAUCCUUUCGGUGCACGCUGCCGGCGUCUACUUUCACCUGUUCAUUCGCCUGACCGCUCCGAAUAGAAUGUACGCGCUCGGACUCGUAAAAAGGAAGGAGCGCCAGUUUAAGUUCCCCUCCGAUAUCGUGCAGUACUAUCAAACUCAUCGUCUGGAAUGUAGCAGUAGUGCUGCUGGUGCCAAAUUCAGGCUCCAUUUAUUGCCGAUCGUUAACAGUGACAACCGGUCCGAGGGUUGUCUCGAAACUCGAUGCGAAGGAGAUGUGAUAACGCAACAGCAAACAAAGUAACUUCGAAACU